CUCGAAGACUUAGAACGCCCCCUCGAAGACUUAGAACGCCCCCUCCCCCUCGAAGAAUUAGAACGCCCCCUCGAAGACUUAGAACGCCCC